AUUGCCCAUCUAACAAUAUCAUGUUGCAUAGACGCACAUUCUCGUUCUUCUUCUUCAUUACGACUACUCUUGUCCUCAUGACAUUCACAUCAUCACAUUCACUUGCGCAUUCUAUUGCCAUCUCUUCAAGAUCAAUGGCAGACAUGGAAAGGUUCAGCAAUGCUGGGAGAGGCAGCAACAUCACCGGAAUAUCAGAGUUCAAGAGAUAUCUAUGGCGUUUCGGGUACCUCGACCAUAAUGUUAAUACCACAUGUAAUUGUUUCAGCGACGAGUUUGACGCCAUGUUAGAAUCUGCUCUCGUUAGAUACCAACGCAAGCUUGGACUCCAAGUCACUGGCAAGCUCGAUUCCAUCACCAUUUCUGAGAUGAUCACACCGAGAUGCGGAGUUCCAGACAGUAAUGAUCACACUCACACACACACACACAUGCACUCCGCAAAGAACUUCGUGUAUUUUCCGGGGAAGCCACGGUGGUCGGGUCCAAUGCCGACGACACUCACCUACGCUUUCUCCCCUGAAUACACCAUCCACACCUUGACCCUUCGCCAGAUCCGGAGAGCGUUCCGACGCGCCUUCACGCGCUGGUCUAACGUCAUUCCUCUCACAUUUGUGGAAUCAGACGACUACGGUUUUGCUGAGAUCAAGAUAGGGUUUUACAGCGGCGACCACGGCGAUGGCGAGGCUUUCGACGGGGUUCUUGGAGUGCUGGCGCAUUCAUUCUCGCCGGAGAGCGGGCGGCUACACCUGGAUGCGGCGGAGACGUGGGCAGUGGACUUCGGGGAGAGUUGGUCGGAGGUAGCGGUGGAUUUGGAGUCCGUGGCAACGCACGAGAUUGGACACGUGCUUGGUCUGUCUCACAGUUCGGUUAGAGAGGCAGUUAUGUAUCCCAGCUUGAGGCCGAGAGAGAAGAGAUAUCGUCUCCAUAUUGAUGACGUCAUGGGAGUCCAAUCUCUUUAUGGCUCCAACCCUCAUUUCAGAUCUUCUGAUAUCUCGUCGCUUCAAUCUGCUAUCUCCGCAAAUCAUGCUCCUCCUCGCUUUCCACCAUUCAGUAUUCUUCUCUCUUGUGCAUACCUUUUGUCUUUCUUUAUAAUUUUUUCCAGAGGAUACAAGCACGUGACUUGAGGGAGCAUCAGUUCUCAGCAACACGCUAACGAGG